CCUCCCUGGCUGCGAGGGCGAUGGCUCCCACGAUGGUCCUGCCGGCGGUCGAUCUCACCCCCAGAGACCAGCAUGGAGCCUACCGCGACGACUACGAGGUCCGCUGGGACGAGAACGACGCCGCCAACCCGCAUAACCUGACCUCGAGGCGCAAGUGGGCCGUGGUGAUCCUGGUCUCCUCCAUGACCCUGUGCGUUUGCGUCACCAGCUCCCUGUACACGACCACCUACAAGCACACCAUGGCCGAAUUCGGCUGCUCUCGCAUCGUCGCAACCCUCGGACUGAGCUUCUACAUCGCGGGGCUGGGCUGGGGGCCCUUGGUCAUGAGCCCCUUGUCGGAGUUCUACGGCCGACGGCCCAUCUACCUCAUUUCGCUGCCGCUGUUCAUCGUCUUCCUCGUCCCUUGCGCCGUCGCACGGAAUAUUCAGACAAUGCUGGUGGCCCGGCUGCUGGAUGGACUCGCUGGCGCGGCCUUUACCUCGGUCGCGGGCGCAACUGUGGGGGAUAUGUACAGCAAGAGCACCUUGCACUUCCCCAUGCUGGUCUACACGGCGUCGCCUUUCACCGGGGCUAGUCUGGGGCCGAUUCUCGGAGGACUGAUAAACUCAUGGGCGUCUUGGCGGUGGUCUUUCUACUUCCUGCUCAUCUGGGCCUCCCUGCAAGCGAUCCUCGUGAUGCUCUUUGUCCCGGAGACGUAUCACCCAGUGCUGCUUCGCAACAGGGCUCGGAAGUUGCGCGAGGAGACGGGGGACGAUCGAUGGAGAGCCCCUAUCGAAAAGCUGGAUCGAUCAGUCCUCAAGACAGUUCUUCGCUCCCUCUAUCGCCCGUUUAUGCUGCUCUCGCUGGAGCCCAUGUGUCUCAACCUCUGUGUGCUGUCCGCCAUCGCUCUAGGUGUCCAAUACCUCUUCUUCGGGGCAUUUGGGGUCGUCUACGGCAAUGCCUACAAUUUCGGGCUCUGGCAGACCGGACUGGCAUUCUCCGGUCUUUUUGUAGGCAUGGUGUUGGCGGUUGCUGUGGACCCAUGGUGUCGCAAACUCUACCCAUACUUCUCCCGCCAACAAGACGAGCAAGACGAGGCUGCGAGCCAGGACCCGGAAUGCCGUCUGCCCCCGGCCAUCAUCGGGGCUCCGCUCCUUACAAUCGGGUUGUUCUGGUUUGGAUGGACAGCUGUACCCUCGAUCCAUUGGAUUGUGCCGAUCAUCGGGAGCGCCGUUUUUGGAGCUGGAAUGAUAUUUGUGUUCCAAGGCGUCUUCACCUUCUUCGUGGAUGCGUACCCACUAUAUGCUGCCAGUGCCCUGGGUGCCAACAGCUUUACCCGAAGCACAUUUGCAGCGGCGUUUCCCUUGUUUGGGGUGGCGAUGUACCACAAACUGGGUGACCAGUGGGCAACGUCCCUCCUGGCCUUCCUCAGCCUGGCUAUGGCGCCAUUUCCAUAUGUAUUUUUUCGAUACGGGAAGAGGAUACGACGGAGAAGUCGCUUUGCUACGAAAAAAUGAAAGGAGAAACAGAAAGCCCGGAGGGUAAUGUUGAUCAUCAAGCCAGAGACGGGUAGUUAGAGAAGCAAUUUGUGCCAGGUGAUCUGUUACGACGUGUAUCAGGGUAGAU